AUGGUAUCAGCUAGGCAUCAUGUUCGACUACCAGGGCAUCAUCCUGCUGAUGUGGGAUCGACGAUUCCACUCAUCUACUACGGCUUCCCAGGCGAUACGAGCGUGCAGGUGGCGUACUGGACCAUCACGACACUUCUUGCAGCCUUAUGCUCUCUUGCGACAUUCCAUCCGUCUAUAGGAGGGCCUCACCUCGGCCAUGUGCGCGCAAUCAUCUUCGGCGCUUUCGGGUUCGGGUCCUUCAUUGUCCCGAUCGUCCAUGGGGUCCUGAGGUUUGGCCUGGCUGAGCAGCGCCGGAGAAUGGGACUUGGCUGGAUAGCGCUAACGGCGGUGUUCAAUGCGACGGGUGUCCUGUUCUACGUUCUCAAGUUUCCUGAACGCUGGUACACGCGACGAUUCGAUAUCUGGGGGGCGAGUCACCAGAUCAUGCAUGCCAUGGUGGUUAUCGCGGCCUUCGCCUACACCAAAGCCGUACUGUGUAUGCAAACUACUCGAAAUGAGCUGCAAUAA